CCAAUCUUGAUUCACAUUUCACAAUCGGCGAAGUAAAUCAUAAAUGUUUGAUUGAUUUAUCCUUCACGCUUUCCUUGGAUUCCAAUCCAAUCAACAUGGCGGAUACUUUCUCAGAUUCAAUUGAUGCAUCGGCCCACGCCUUCAAGCUCAUCCUCCAGGGCUUCGCAUUGAUACCAAUAAUCCAUUAUGAAAUAGCUUUUGUGUGUUUCCUCAUAGUUUUCAUCUACAAUUUCUUAGAGUUCCAUUUCUUUCAUGAUGUUCUCACUCUGUUUCGAGGGUCUCCGGUGUCCCUAACAUAUAAUUCGGCUUCUGAGAUUUACCACGGUGUGGCUUCAAAGUGUCGCCUUCUUCAUGGCAGGUACAUGGCUACACCUUGGCUUUCAAGUCCUCACAUUCAAACAACUUUUCUGAAUUUCCAUGGAAGACCUCCUGCAGUAAAUUAUAGAAGAAAAUUAUUCCAUGCAUCUGAUGGUGGAACUUUUGCUCUGGAUUGGCUAAAGAGUUCAGAUGUUUUAGGAGAUUCAACAUGUGAAGAAAGUGCUGCUUUGAGGCAUGAUAAAACUCCCAUCUUAAUUGUAAUUCCUGGAUUAACUAGUGAUUCUUCUUCAGCUUACAUCAAGCAUCUUGCUUACUCCACUGCUGAACGAGGGUGGGAUGUUGUUGUUUGCAAUCACCGUGGACUUGGAGGAAUUUCUGUUACGUCUGAUUGCUUCUAUAAUGCGGGGUGGACAAAAGACACACGAGAUGUCAUCAACGAUCUUCAUCGUGAAUAUCCCAAUGCUCCUCUUUUUGUAGUUGGAACUAGCAUUGGUGCCAACAUCCUGGUGAAGUAUCUUGGAGAAGAUGGGGAGGAUGUUCCUAUAGCUGGUGCAGUUGCUAUAUGCUCUCCUUGGGACCUUUUGAUUGGGUCGAAAUUCAUAUGCCGCAGGACUGUUCAAAAGUUCUAUGAUAGGGCUCUUACUGUUGGCCUUCAAGAAUAUGCACAACUGCAUCAAACUCUUUAUUCUCGCCUUGCAGAUUGGGAUGGUAUUGUAAAGUCACGUAGUAUACGGGAUUUUGACAAUUAUGCUACUCGCCUAGUUGGCAAGUUUGAGAGUGUGGAUGCAUACUAUAGGCAUUGCAGCAGUGCACAAUAUGUGACAAAAGUUGCAAUUCCAUUACUAUGUAUAAGUGCUUUAGAUGAUCCGGUCUGUACCUGGGAGGCAAUCCCAUGGGAUGAGUGCAGAGCAAAUAAAAAUAUUGUGCUGGCUGUAACACGUCAUGGAGGACAUCUUGCCUUCUUUGAGGGUCUUACUGCAUCUACUUUAUGGUGGGUGAGAGCUGUGAAUGAAUUCUUUGGUGUUCUUCACUGCAGCCCCUUCAUGCAUACACAAAAGAAGAAUCCUCCACAUAUUGGACCAGAAUCUUCUGUGGAUCAAGGCCCAUAUGUGAAUGUUUCAAAUGGAAUGGUUGCUGCAAUCACCAAAGAUCCAUCAUCAUCUACUGAUAAUGUGAAACUAAAUGAUCAAGAUCCAUUUGAAAGACAGAAAGUCAACGAUGAAAGUGAUGCUGCUGUACGUGUACCAGAUGCAAAAAAUAUAGUAUCCCGUUCGAGUGGUCAAACAUCGGUCAAAGUAGCUGAUUUGAAUAGCAUCAAAAAAUGGUUGGAGCAGCUGUUCCAACAAAACAAAAGAUCAACAUGGAUGCUUACAUACAUUGCUGUCAUAUCAACAUUGCCAUUCAUGGGUGCCACUCUUUACAUGCUCUUUAGAAAGAAACUCAAGCAGCCAAAAUCGCUUAAGUAAUAUGUUAAAAUAAAUUUGUACAACUUGUAGCUCAGGGGGCCUUGUAGAGUUUUAUAAAUAAAUUUGUAAUAAUAGCCAGCCUUAGCUAAUUCGAUAUGAGAAUACAGAAAUCUGAUCC